AUGUCGGGUGCAAAGAAAUCCCCUUUGAAGGUUGCUAAACCUAGUUCUGUUGAAUCUUGGACUAAUCCAUUUGAUUCUGAUGAUGAAGAGAAGGACACCAAAAAGUAUAGUUCCUCCCGAAAGACUUCUUCGGACCGGGCACUUGUUACGCUGGAAGUUAACACCAACCCCUUUAAUGAUGAAGUUGAUGCCUCUAAGAAAUCUUCAUCAACUUCGUUUGCAUUUCAAUCGGCCAACCGGAACAGGUACAAGAAUGAUUUUCGCGAUUCAGGCGGAUUAGAGAAUCAAUCGGUUCAAGAAUUGGAGAGUUAUGCUGUUUACAAGGCUGAAGAGACCACAAAUUCAGUCAGCAAUUGUUUGAAGAUAGCGGAGAAUAUAAGAGAGGAUGCCACCAAGACACUAGUCACUCUUCAUCAACAGGGUGAACAAAUUACCAGGAGUCACCAUAUUGCUGCUGACAUUGACCAAGAUUUAAGUCGGGGAGAAAAGCUCUUGGGAAGCCUUGGUGGCCUCUUUUCCAGAACUUGGAAACCAAAGAAGACGCGAGCAAUAACAGGCCCAGUUAUUGUUGCAGAUGACCCAGUCAGGAGCAAGGGCAACCAUUUGGAGCAGAGAGAGAAGUUGGGGCUGAUUUCUGCCCCCAAAGGGCAGUCCAAGAUGCGGACCCCACCUCAAGAACCAACUAAUGCACUUGAAAAAGUCGAGGUUGAAAAAAAGAAGCAAGAUGAUGCACUAUCAGAUUUAAGUGAUCUGCUGGGAGAGCUUAAAGACAUGGCUGUUGACAUGGGAUCCGAGAUUGAAAGGCAUAACAAAGCCCUGAAUCAUCUCUACGAUGAUGUGGAUGAGUUGAAUUUCCGAGUGAAAUGUGCCAACCAACGUGGCCGUCGCUUACUCGGAAAAUAA